GCCUAGGCUGCUGCUCCUGUCACGAGGGUCAGAUGACAGCUGGGUCGGCGGCUAGAAGCCUGCAUCAUUCGCCUGUAGUCGUGAUGAGUUUACCCUUCAAUCCCAAACCAUUUCUGAAUGGAUUAACGGGAAAGCCAGUGAUGGUGAAAUUUAAAUGGGGAAUGGAGUACAAGGGCUACCUCGUAUCUGUAGAUGGCUAUAUGAACAUGCAGCUUGCAAAUACAGAAGAAUACACGGAUGGAGCAUUGUCUGGACAUCUGGGUGAAAUGUUAAUAAGGUGUAAUAAUAGCCUUUAUAUUAGAGGUGUUGAAGAAGAGGAAGAAGAUGGGGAAAUGAGAGAAUAG